UAAAUUUUUUACUUGAAUGUAACUACAGGUAAAUACUGAUUGAUAUUUUGUUCCUUAUUAUUUGUUGUAUUAUUAAUACUGUAUGUAUCUUGAUAUUGAUAACAUUUCCAAUAUGGUUUGUGUGCAUAAAUUGUAUUUAAAAUUGAAUCACGUAUGCUGAAAUAAUACGAAAUACAUAAAAAUAAAUUUAUUGAUUCUUAUUGUAUAAAUAAAUAUUAAAGUUUUACCUUAAUGAAGGCAAUUCAAGAUUUUCUAUUGUAGGACAUGGAUCACCUAAUAAAGCACGCAAAGUUAGUGCUGCACUUUCAGCUAGUGACUUUAAAUAGUAACCACCCUAUAAAAAAUAAUAUGUACAACAGAAUAUUUAAAUCACUAUAAACAUACAAUAUUUGAAAUAUCUUUUAUACCUCUAAUACAACAGCAACUUUUCCAGAAGCUAGACUCAUUAGAGAUGAUGUUAAAUGAGCAUAAAAUGCAGGAGUCACCAACAUCUCACCCUUAAUAUAAUAAUAAAUAAAUUGAAAUAUCAAGUACAUAUAAUCUAUUGAAAACAUAUAAGUAAAAAUUGAUCUAGAAAAUACAUAAGAGUGAAAAAAAAUCGUUAACCUUUUCAUCUCCAAUCGCCGAAUCAAACCCAGCCGAAACAAUGACAAAAUCUGGAUUAAACUAGGAUAGAAAAAUAAAUUAAUAACUUAUAUUCAUUUACCUCUGGACAGCCCAAGGCUGCAUCAUAACCAGCUGAGAUUAUUACGAGAUCUGGUUGAAACUACAACGAUUAAAUUUAUAUAUUUUAUAUACAACUUAGAGGAAAAUCUCUAACUUAGUAAAGUGAGUUUAGUACUCAUCUAAAACAAAGUGUGUCACUGUGAAGUAUACUACUUACCUCAUAAGCCAUUGGUAACAAGACUUGUUGAAAUAUGUCCAGGUAAUCGGCAUUAGUCAUACCAACUUUAUUAAGUGGUACGUUAAAAUUAUAUCCUUGGCCUAAAUCAUCUCCAACAAAGUGAAAAUCAGAUUCUCUGAGAUUCGGCCAAAAUUCACCAUGUUCGUAACGAUGAAUGGAGAAGUAAACAACUCUGUUAAGAAAUUUAGGUGUGAAGAAGAAAGAACUCAAAUGGACAAUUUACCCUACUUAUAAAAGUAAUAGCAUACCGUGGAUCGUUAUAAAACAUUUGUUGAGUUGCUUGUCCAUGGUGUACAUCCCAAUCUACAAUUAAAAUUUUGUUGGCCCAAUUAUUAUUCAAAGCUUUCUCAGCAGCAAUUGCGACAUUGUUAAAGAAGCAAUAUCCACAAUAUUCUGACUUCAUUGCAUGAUGUCCAGGUGGUCUAAAAAGAGUAGUAAUUAAUUUUGUAUUUAAACAUGAAUAACAAAAUUCAGUUACCUAAUAAUAGCCAUUCCAUUUUGAACUUCUCCUUUGCAAAUGCUUUCUAUUAAGUUUAUUGUUGACCCCACAGCUAAUAGAGAUAAUUUGUAGGUAGACUAGAAAAUGUUAAACAGUUUAGUAUUAAAAUUGAUAUGCCAAGAUAACUUAUUUCACAUUCUAGAAAUAGUUACAUACAGGAUGUACAUAAAUUGCAUCGUAUUUGGAUGAUAAUAACUCUAAAUUAUGUACAUCUUUACAUCCAUCAGUGGUCUUUAAAAUAUCAAGACUUUUUUUAUUAUGUUUUGUAAGUAUUUCAUUUUCUGUAGCUUCCCGUGGUGUGAUGAGCUUGCACCUAUUUAUUAAACCUAAUUCUUCACAUCUUUGUAAAAUGGUUAUCAUUCUACCAGGACAUUCUGGAUAAUUUGGAUCCCAAAGACACUUGUGUUCUACCAUAGACCGAUCAAAUACUAGUCCAGUUUCCUUUCUCUUUACAGUAUAAGCAUCUAUAGCUUUUUGAUAUAUAUCACGUACAAAAAUAUUAUUAUUGUUAUUAUUGGACUUCUUUCCCUGCAACAUUUGCCUUUGCACUGCCUGUUUUUUGGCUGCUAUCAAUGCUAUAGAUGGGCAAACCUAUUUAAGACAGAAAUUAUUAAUAUAAGUACGAUAUUCUCUCGAAUAACUUGGUUUUGAUUUUACUCGAUCAUUUUUUACAACUUUUAUUGUUUUUACAUUUUUGGUAUCAAUUUAACGUAUUUUUACAAUUUCUUUUAUCAUGGUAAAUAGGAGAGGUCAGCAAGAAUAAACGUGAAUUCGUUUGUGUAAACUAAUUCCACAAUAAUUGCCAUUGCAUAUAAAAAGCAGGUGUAGAAAGACCUCGAAGCAAACCAAACAUUAUUGGUUUUUAACAAAAUCAAACCUGCUUUACAAUUAAUUAUAAACUUUCGUAUGUAGAUAUUAAAUGUAAUAAAUAUAUUAUAUUAUGCAUUUGUUUUGAUAAUACAAGAAUACAUAAAAAUCUGUGUAUUUCUUGUGGGCAGUACAUAUAGCACUUAUUACUAUAGUAGUAUAGGAGCUCUGUAAUUAUGCGAAUUUCAUGUGUAUUUGAGGGUUUUGUAAUUUGUAAUUUGGGGGAUUAUUGUAAUAUCACACAUUAAUUAUUUUGUUUUUAGUCAUGAACGUUAGAAUUUAUACUUACAUUAGAUGUUUCCCCUGACUUUUUGGCACUUUUCCCAGAUGACAUUGUACUGGUAUUAUUUUUAUUGUUUGCUUUUUUGGAAUUUUGUAUAACUUUUAGGAGCUGAAUUUCACUAUCCGCUAACUGUUUAGCAGCAGCGAAUAAAUUACCACUAAUCACAGAAUCAGACUGUAAGAGAUAUAAAAGUAAUUACUUUCUUCCCUGUCUUUGUUGUAUAUAUAAAUUUACAAAAUACAACAGAGGAAGAAAUUUUACUGAAUUAUCUGGAAGUUUUUAUUGCACUUUUCAUUAAAAUCCUUGAUAAAAAGGAGGGAUUUUAAUAACUUUUGCUUCGCACUUAAAUUACGUCGUUCAUCGCAGGCAAUAUAAAAUGUUGACAGAUACUUAAUAUGUGGGUGACGGUACGAGACAUAUCCUUGUAUAGAUAUCGAUACCCCUUCCAUUCCAUAAUGUAUUAUCACGCGUAAGCUUUACGAAAACAACAAUUAUCUCUACCUAAUUACGCCGAAAUCAUAUGCAGAUGUUUUAUCUCUAAGAUCAGAUCCUCACCAUUGGCAUUUAAUGUAUAACUUCGAAAUUUUUCUGUUCUCUUCAACACUACAACGAACGACUUUUACUGACAACUCAUGGUUUUCAUUCUCGGACAACUUUCAACUUCAGAAAGACGAAGAGAUGAUCUUAAUAACUAUUGUUGUUUUGUUAAUAAAAUCGAUUUAAUGUUGUAUAAAAAAUGAUGAACAUGUGGAAGAAACAGUUUAUAAAACAUGUUAAUUGUAGAGGUGUUAAUACAUGGUCUCCUCUUGCAACAGCAUUUAAUUCCAUUGCCAAAGAUAAAUAUGGUUUUGAGUUAUCCAAAAAGAAGUCUGGUCUAUUUGGUAUACCUGAAUUGAAGACGGCCCAAGGAUUUAGCAUUUUAAAACAUCAAGCUAUGUCUCAAACAGACACGCUGAUAGCAGAAGCUACAAGUCCAAACAGAAAACGUAAAAUGGUUGAAAUUUUUGAUGACCUGUCUGAUACACUGUGCAAGGUUGCAGAUUUAGCAGAGUUCGUUAGAAUUGCACAUCCAGAAGAACAAUAUGUUAGAGCUGCAGAAGAUGCUUGUGUAUUUGUUAGUGGAAUAGUAGAAAAGUUAAAUACUCAUCUAGAUCUGUACAAUGCCUUAAAACAAGUUGUACAUAAUGGAGAUGUCCAAGAUACAUCUGUUGUGGACAAGCACGUAGCUAAACUGUUUCUCUUUGAUUUUGAACAGUGUGGCAUACAUUUACCUGAAGCAGAAAGAGAAACUGUUGUACAGUUAAAUGACUACAUAUUACAAGUAGGUCAAAAAUUUAUGGCAGGUGCAGGCAAUCCACGUGCAGUGGAUGCUAGUACUCUUCCACCUGGUGUAAGGGAACAUUUUACAAUAAAAAAUAAUCAGAUAAUAGUACAAGGACUUUAUGUAGACUCUACUAACAACUUGAUCAGGGAAGCUGCAUACCGUGUAUUUUUAUAUCCAGAUAAAAGUCAAGAAUAUCUUCUAAAAGAACUUUUGAACUCCAGACAUGAUUUGGCUAGAUUAUGCGGAUUUCCAUCAUAUGCUCAUAGAGCUGUAAAGGGAAGUACAGUAGAGACACCAGAAGUAAUAUACGAUUUUCUUAAUAUUUUGAAUGAUAAUCUAAAGCCCAAAGCUGCACAAGAUUUCCAACAGAUGCAAGAAAUGAAAGAUGCCGAGUCUGGUACAAAGCAGAAAAUAAUGCAGUGGGAUACUGCUUAUUUUACGGCAGAAGCGAAAAGGACUUGGUUGAAUAUGUCAAACACUGAAUUUACUCCAUAUUUUUCACUUGGUGCUUGUAUGGAUGGAAUAAAUAUUUUGACUCAGUCAUUAUAUGGUAUUCGAUUAGAGUCUACGCCUGUCUUGUCGGGUGAAGUUUGGGCCAAUAAUAUACAAAAACUUGCUAUAAUAGAUGAAAGCGACUCAGUAUUAGGUUAUAUAUACUGUGAUUUUUUUGAGCGGCAAGGUAAACCAAAUCAAGAUUGUCAUUUCACUAUUAGAGGAGGAAGACAAUUAGCUGAUGGAACUUACCAAACUCCUAUGGCUGUACUAAUGUUGUCAUUAUCUGCACCUAGAUGGUCUAAUCCAUGUUUAUUAAGUCCUGCUUCUGUAGAAAACUUAUUUCAUGAAAUGGGUCAUGCAUUGCAUUCUAUGUUAGGCAGAACAAAAUAUCAACAUGUAACUGGUACCAGAUGUUGUACAGAUUUUGCAGAGGUUCCAAGUAUAUUGAUGGAAUAUUUUGCAAAUGAUCCAAGAGUGGUUUCCACGUUCGCACGACAUUUUCAAACUUUAGAACAAAUACCGAAUGCUUUGUUAGAGAAGUUACAUGCGUCUAAGAACGUAUUCUGUGCUUCUGAAUUACAAAAUCAAGUAUGCUAUAGUAUGCUGGAUCAAGUUUACCAUAGUGGAAAGUUGGAAAAAUCAUCUAUUGACAUCUUAAAAGAAAUACAAGCAAAAUACUACGGGCUUCCCUAUGUUGAAAAUACAGCAUGGCACUUAAGAUUUUCUCACUUAGUUGGGUAUGGUGCAAAAUAUUACGCUUAUUUAAUUUCUCGAGCAAUUGCCUCAUGGAUAUGGCAAACUUAUUUUCAAGCAGAUCCUUUUAAUCGCGCAGCAGGUGAUCGAUAUCGAAAUGAAUGUUUAGCACAUGGAGGUGGAAAACCAUCAUCCAAAUUAGUAUCAGAUUUCCUAGAUAAGGAAGCUAGCGCCGACAAUUUUGCGAGAUCUUUACUCAACGAAGUUGAUAUGAGAACUGAACAAGUAAAAAAUCUGAGAAGAUAAAAUAAACUAAAAUGUAACAUGUGAAAUAGAUCAAUUUUAUAAAGGUACAGUAGAUUAUUUUGUAAAAAUAAAUUUAUAAAUAAUUAAUGAUAUUAAAUAAUUUUAAUUUGAUGCGUUAUAAACGAAAGAUAAGUUUGAAA